CCCGGAUUGAUCCGAACGCCCGGAUAUAGAGAAAGGAAUUGCGGGGACACUGGGCCCAUUCCAGAGGAUGAUUUCAACAAGAAAAACCAGGCACUCUACGUGUGAUUUUUUGGGUGAUUUUAGUGAUAUUUCCUUAGAAGAUUCAAAGAUGGAAGAAAUCAGAAACUUGAAAAUCAGUAGAAGUCUUGCCAAAAUAGCACCCGGACACAGCAGAUUUCUAAAAAGGAACCAAAGUAUGGGCGAAAAACACCAGCUCCUGAAAGAACACACUGUACUGGGGAGUGGACCCAGACUGUCCUCUGCUAGACCUCCAACCACUGCCUCGAAGCUCAGAGCCAACUCUGUGCUCUCCAGGCUGGCUCAGAUAGAAACCAAGAUCAUGAGCCGGAAGCUGCAGAGGGAAUUGUCUGACAUGGAAUCUGACCCCAAGACUUCUGACAGUCUUCCGAAGAGUGCAGACAAAAUUCCUCCCAGGGGUACAGCUGAAUACACUUCACAGAAUACAGACCACCACACCCAGAAACAAGACUGUGAAAUUCCUGUCAAUGAGAGCAGUGCUGUGAGUGGGAGGGUUAGUAGGUUUCUAAAGAAGAGAGCACCACCCAUUGAAAAUACAUCCCCUGAAGCACUUUUUGGGAAAGAGAAGAAUUUUCAGACACCCCAAGAGCAAGAACCUAUUAGGAAACUGGAUUCUCCAGACAGUGAUGAAGAAGAAGUGAAAGAGUUGCUGGGAAGUUUGAUGGACUCUUCUAAAGAAAAAGAAACAUAUUUGAAUCAGGGUUGUACCAGGAGCACAGACAGUGGAAAAGAGCAAGUAAAAGUAUUCUCGCAUCAGAUCCCAACUCAACCAAGAGCCUUCUUUGCGCCCAGUGAGGACCUUUCCAGCCUGAAGCCAGUCAGGACACCGCAUGUGUCAACCUCCCAGGCAGGAGCCAACACUCUGCGAAAUCUUGGCUCAAGAACAGGCUCCCCACAGUCUCACAUUGCUGGUGGCACGGAGUUGGUUUCCAUCUCUGGCUCCUUUUCAAAGUCAGUACACUCCAAGGCAGAGCACAACCACUGCUCAUCCUCACCAGGGAGGAGUGAGACUGGGCCGCAGGAAAACUCACUCUCUGAAGCCACCGAUGACAGCAUGAACGAUUUUAGGAUAAACAUUUUAUCCCUCGAUGAUCUGACUCCAGCUGUCAGUGAGAAAUCAAAUUGGGAACAGAAGAAAGAAGGUCAGAGGAAAAGCAAAAGCCCUGGGGUGAUGGGCCCCCCCACUGGAAGUGAGGUGUCAGAGCACCUCAGUGAGCAGUCUGCAUUGUCUGCCAGCCUGAUGCCGCUGUCUCAGGCAUGUACAGGUAGCACAGUGCACUCUGGUUACUCAGAAGAUUUUGAAAAUUCUCCAAGUCCCACAGCUUCCAAGCUGACACUGCGCUCUGAGGAGUCUCCCUUGGACAGGACACUGGAUACCUGGUCUGAAUUCUCCUCCAGCCUAGAGACUGGCUGCCCCAGGCUCACGCCCAAAUCCCGGAAGAAGCAGGCCAGAGAUGGGACUAGAGUCAUCGUGAAGGAGAUAGCUGUGCAGACCCUGGAGCCCGCCUUCACCUACCAGUGGACAGAAGCGGCCGGUAUGGCAGCCAUUGCGCCAGCCUUGGGAAGUGCCUAUGUGGACCCUGUGCCCAUUGCCAGUCAUGUGGUCAGCACCGAUGCCAUCGAAGCCCUGACAGCUUACAGCCCGGCUGUGUUCGCGCUCAACGACCUGCUGAAGCAGCAGCUGGACCUGACGCAGCAGUUUGUGGCAUCUAGCCGGCAGCUGCACAGGGCCCUUCUCCAGUCCCUGGAACAAGAAGCUUUCCACUACCAUACACUGGAGGAAACCAAAGAGUAUAUCCGGCACCACAGGCCUGCCCUGCUCACCAUGGAGGACGCCUUGAAGGAGGUGAAGAAGGAGCUGUGAGUGCCAGGUGAGGCUGAACAAGUGCAUCUGACCUCACAGUUGCUCCUGGAUGCGGCCUGACAUACACACACAUUCUCAUAUGACAUUGAGUGGUUGGGACAAGUGAUGCCUGGGACACAACUGAGCAGUCCUGGCUUCAACCUCUAACUUAGUAAAUGACUUUUGCAGGCCAGCAUCUGAGGACACAAGACAGGCCAAUGAAAUCCCAAGUGGAGUUAAUCACUGUUCAUCAUAAAACUUCGUAAUUCCCUAAUGAGUAAGCCACGUGGUGGAAUUCCAAGUCCCACCUAACAAGACUGUCAUGACUAACGAAGCCACUGGCCAGGUACCCACGUGGCAAAUCCCUUUAAGGAACAGGCUG